GGAUUGAGGGCCCCCCUGUGACUGUGCCCCCUCAGGAGGAGGACUCCGCCUUCGCCUCCCAGCGGCAGGUGUACAAGGACAUUGGGGAGGAGAUGCUGCUUCACGCCUUCGAGGGCUACAACGUCUGUAUCUUCGCCUACGGCCAGACCGGCGCUGGCAAGUCCUACACCAUGAUGGGCCGGCAGGAGCCGGGGCAGCAGGGCAUCAUCCCGCAGCUCUGUGAGGAUUUGUUCGCCCGGGUCACCGAGAGCUGCUCCCCCAACCUGUCCUACUCCGUGGAGGUGAGCUACAUGGAGAUCUAUUGCGAGCGGGUGCGGGACCUGCUGAACCCCAAGAGCCGGGGGCACCUGCGGGUGCGGGAGCACCCCAUCAUGGGCCCCUACGUGGAGGACCUGUCCAAGCUGGCGGUCACCUCCUUCGCGGACAUCGCCGACCUCAUGGACUGCGGGAACAAGGCCAGGACCGUGGCCGCCACCAACAUGAACGAAAGCAGCAGCCGCUCACACGCCGUGUUCACCAUCGUCUUUGCGCAGAGGAGACACGACGAGCUAACCGACCUCGACACCGAGAAGGUCAGCAAAAUCAGCCUGGUGGAUCUGGCUGGCAGCGAGCGAGCGGAGUCGUCCGGCGCCAAGGGCAUGAGGUUAAAGGAAGGUGCGAACAUCAACAAAUCCCUCACCACGCUGGGGAAGGUGAUCUCCGCCCUGGCCGAGAUGCAAAACACCAAGAAGAAGAAAUCCGAUUUCAUCCCUUACCGUGACUCGGUGCUCACCUGGCUGCUCAAGGAGAACCUGGGCGGUAACUCCCGCACUGCCAUGAUCGCCGCCCUCAGCCCGGCCGACAUCAGCUACGAGGAGACACUCAGCACGCUCCGCUACGCGGACCGGACCAAGCAGAUCCGGUGCAACGCGGUGAUCAACGAGGACCCCAACGCCCGGCUCAUCCGGGAACUGAAGGAGGAGGUGGCCCGGCUAAGGGAGCUGCUCUUCGCCCAGGGCCUCUCCGACGCCCCCCUCCUCGGCGGCUUGAAGGGGGAGGAGCCCAACAGCCGCCCCCCAGCGCCCCCACGGCCCUUCGACCCCGCAACCGAGCCCCGGUCCCCCGCCCCCCUCAACGGGGGGUCCGAGCCCUUCCCCGCCCUGGAGGAGCAGGACAUCUGCACGGAGGAGGCUAUGGAGAGGCUGCAGGAGACGGAGAAAAUCAUCGCGGAGCUGAACGAAACGUGGGAGGAGAAGCUGCAGAAAACCGAGGCGCUUCGGAUGGAGAGGGAGGCGCUCCUGGCCGAGAUGGGCGUGGCCAUGCGGGAAGACGGUGGCACGGUGGGGGUCUUCUCCCCGAAAAAGACCCCGCACCUGGUGAACCUGAACGAGGACCCGCUCAUGUCAGAGUGCCUGCUCUACCACAUCAAGGACGGCGUGACCAGGGUGGGCCAGGUGGACGUGGACAUCAAGCUGACGGGACAGUUCAUCAAAGAGCAGCACUGCGUUUUCCGGAGCCGCACCGGCCCCGCCGGGGAAGCCAUCGUCACACUGGAGCCGUGCGAGGGGGCUGAGACCUACCUCAACGGCAAGCAGGUGACGGAGCCGCUGGUCCUGAGGUCAGGUAACCGCAUCGUGAUGGGCAAGAACCACGUUUUCCGCUUCAACCACCCGGAGCAGACGCGGCUGGAGCGCGAGCGCAGCGCCCCCGCCGAGCCCCCGCCCGAGCCCGUCGACUGGAACUUCGCCCAGCGCGAGCUGCUGGAGGAGCAGGGCAUCGACAUCAAGCUGGAGAUGGAGAAGAGGCUCCAGGACCUGGAGAACCAGUACCGGCGGGAGAAGGAGGAGGCCGACCUGCUCCUGGAGCAGCAGCGGCUGUACGCGGACUCGGACAGCGGGGACGACUCGGACAAGCGCUCGUGCGAGGAGAGCUGGAGGCUCAUCUCCUCGCUGCGGGAGAAGCUGCCGGCCACCAAGGUGCAGAGCAUCGUGAAGCGCUGCGGCCUGCCCAGCAGCGGCAAGCGGCGGGAGCCGCUCCGGGUCUACCAGAUCCCCCAGCGCCGGCGCCUGGGCAAGGACCCACGCUGGGUCACCCUGGCCGACCUGAAGAUGCAGGCGGUGAAGGAGAUCUGCUACGAGGUGGCGCUGAACGAUUUCCGGCACGCCCGGCAGGAGAUCGAGGCCAUGAGCAUCGUGAAGAUGAAGGAGCUGUGCCGGCUCUACGGGAAGCGCGACCCCAACGAGAAGGAGAGCUGGAGGGCCGUGGCCAGGGACGUCUGGGACACCGUGGGGGUGGGCGAGGAGCGGGGCGAGGGGGAGCCGGGGGGCCCCAGCCCGGCCGUGGACGACCUGCGGGCCCACAUCGACAAGCUGACCGACAUCCUGCAGGAGGUCAAGAUCCAGAACAACAUGAAGGACGAGGAGAUCCGGGCCCUGCGCCACCGCGUGGUCAAGAUGGAGAGAGUCAUCCCCAUCUCCCAGGAGGACGGGGCGGAUGAGGACCUGCCGUACGACUGGAGCUCCCGGCUGUUUGAGGCGGGGCUGGCGGACGAGGCGGGGUCCCGGGACCGGGCGGGGAGCCAGGAUUCGCUGUGUGCCCGGGAGGAGCCGGAGGUGGAGCGGAGCUCCGAGCGCGUGUGCCGGCUGAUGGAGCAGGACCCGGCCUUCCGGCGCGGCCGCCUCCGCUGGCUGAAACAGGAGCAGGCCCGGCUCCAGACCCUCCAGCAGCAGCAGCUCAGCAAGUGCCUCCGGCGCCAGCCCCACGCCCCCGGCAAGUUCGUGCCCCCCCAGGACUGCAAGCUGCGUUUCCCUUUUAAGAGCAGCUCCCACCACCGCUACUCCUGGGGCCCCAACACCGCCUUCAUGGUGGCCGGGGGCGAGGAGCCCGGGCCGGAGGGCGACAGCCCAGGGCAGGAGCCGUCCUCGGGGUCGCCCCAGCACCGCCGGCCCUACAGCCCCGGCGGCCCCCAGCACAAACACUGCAGCCGGCAGCCCCACCAGCGUUCCCACCGGCGCAACUCCCUGGAUGGGGGGAGCCGGGCGAAGCCGUCCUGCCCAGGCACGCCGGAGCACUUCCAGUCCCGCAAGCACAACUAUUACCCGCAGCAGCACCAGCCUUACCCGCAGCACCGCCCGCAGCCGGGCCCCCGCCCGCCCUACGCCGCCCCGCCCCGCAUGCGCCGCCAGCGCUCGGCCCCUGACCUGCAGGAGCAGGAGACCCCAGUGUAGCUGCCAGCCUGGCCACCUCUACCGUGGAGGAUCAUGGCGGGGGGGGGGAAUUAGAGGCAGCAGCCAAGCUGCGGAGGAUCAUGGGAAAGUGAGGUGAGCUGCAGAGGAUUGUGGGAAAGCCAGGGGGCAUGGGCCGUGCUGUGGAGGAUCAUGUGACAUUAAGGCAAGCCACGUUGGAUCAUGUGGAAAUCAGGGAGUGGAGGAUCAUGGGAAAUUGGAGCAAGCCACGUUGGAUGAUGGGAAAAUUACCGCGUGGAGGAUCAUGGGAAAUUGGGGCGAGCCACAGAGGAUUGUGGGAAAACCGGGGCAGGGGGGGCGACUGCGGAGCUGCAGAGGUUCUUGGGACAUUAGGGUGACCCAUGUUGGAACAUGGGAAAAUUGCAGAGCAGAGGAUCAUGGGAAAUUGGGGUGAGCCCUACAGGAUUGUGGGAAAAUCAGGGAGUGGAGGAUCAUGGGAAAUUGGGGCGAGCUGCAAAAGAUUGUGGAGUGGCAGAGGAUCAUGGGAAAGUGGGGUGACCCAUGUGGGCUCAUGGGAAAAUGGCAGAGGGGAGGAUCAUGGGAAAUCAGGGUGAACCACAGAGGAUCAUGGGGAAAAUCGGGCUGUAGUGAUUUGUGGAGAUGGGAGAAAGGGUGGCGCUGCAGGGCAUGAUGGGAAAUGGAGCCUGGAGACAAGUCGCAGAGGAUUAUGGGAAAUCAGCUCCCAUUCUGGGGGGGGGGGGAACUCCCCCAGAAGCCGGCCAGCUGGGCCCCAAGCACCACAAAGGCGGGACCUGUGCCCCCCAGGGUCUCUGGGUGUGGGUAAGGGCGGGGGGACCCCAGCCAUGAAGGCCCCCACCCUGGGGGGUGCAUCGCCCUCUCGGGCCCUGCUCCCCCACGGACAAUCUGGUUGAUUGUAACCCCCCCCCUUCCUGGACACACCAAAACGGGUGCUGGCCCUGGCCCCCCUACCCCAUACAGCUGCUACUGGAGGGGGCCGUGGGGUAUGGGGCUCCCCCCCAAGCCAGAAGAUUGAGGGGCCAGAUGUGGGGCUGCGGGGGGAGCCAGGACUCCUGGGUUCUGUACCCGGGUGGUGGAGGGGAGACAUGCGGGGAUGGGGGGCUGUGCCUAGAUGUGACUCUGAAGAGACAGUUCCUGCAGGCGUCUGGUCCGGAGCCCUCAACCGGGGUGGGGGGCUUCACAGCAAUCCCCCACACCUGGUCCCCAGCUUUGGGGUCCCCCUGCACAAGUUGUGGCCUGUGUGUGUGGUGUGUUGUGUUUGUGCAUGCUGCCCCCUUCCCCCUCCGCAAGUCCGUUCGCGGUGGUUGGAUUAAUUCUUUUGGGGGAGGGGGUAGGCCCAGGAAUUAUAUUGUUUCCCCGCCCCCCUUGUAUUAAACAUGUAAACUGCC